CCUCUUUUUGUUACGUUCUUAGGUGAAUCACCAGAGCUGACUGGUUUCGUUAUCGCACGCCUGCUCGCCGAACCAAAAGACCAACUUUUAUCACGGUCUGGUCGUGUCCUGCUCGUGGCAGACUGCGCCCUACAGAUGGGCAUCCGGGACACUGACGGCAACUGGCCAAUCAGCAUGCGCUCCCUGCGCUUCCUCCUAGAAGUCAGCGGUUGGACUCGCCUCUCCCGUUAUAUGCCCGGAUUUGUGCGCUUGCCCUGCUCAGUCUUCUCGACCGAGUUGAAAACGCCGACACUCGCGAUUCACAAGGCCGGCUUGCGUGAUGGAAUCGUCGGAUUCUCGUUUGUGCAGUUGGAGGCACUGGACUCGGGUGUUGAACAGUGA